AGUACGAAGCCCUAGUAGUCAUAGUUGUAUGGUAACCACUUAUUUAUAUAAAGAAGGAACAAUAUGCGGACAUUAUUAUAUGAACUUAUCUUGUUUGUACUCGUAUAGUACGUAUAUAUUAAAAAUAAUUAUGACACUAAUAUUGGAGAUGUGUGAUGAUACACAAUAACUGAAAUCUAAUUUAAACACAUUAAAACAACCGAUUAGUUAUUAUUGUAUGUUUGAUACAUAUUAUUAGCAUGUUUGAUAGACUGAAGUUAACUAUUAUUAUAAUAUAGCGUGUGUAUUGUUCCCAGAAUUUUCUUUUCAUACAAAAAUAAAUUGUUACCUAGACACACCAGCGGCUCAACGUAUCGAUUAGUGAAAGAACAAGAGGGACCUCGAUAUAGCUCCAUACUCCUCUCUUGUCCGCAUAAACAUGAAAACUCGACUUUAUUUACCGCCUCUCUUCACAAAUUAUAACACCCUCCUGUUUUUUUAAAAAUAAAGGAACACAGUGUAAACGCAUAUGGUUAAUAAAAAUGUAGAGACUUAACGUGAAUUAUCUGAUUCUGAAAGUGGCCUUAAAUUAUAUGAAGUUACGAUGUGUAUCAAAAAUGGCAAAUGAACCAAAAGAGUGUAGCAAAAUGAGUAGGACUCUGAGCGCUCUGGGAAGCGGCGAGGCGUGCGGCGCGCGCUGGACCCUGGGCGCGCUUCUGCUGGCGCCGCUCGCCGCCGCCAACUCCAGCUACUGCUCCGUGCCUGCUGUCAUGUUACUGUCCGCGUUCAUAGCGGUCGCCACAUUCACCUGUAAAGACUUAAAGAUGUUGGCGGAGAUUCUCCCACCCACAAGAACCGUUAGAGGCAGACGCCACAGGAACCUUCGCUCUUUCAGCGACUUUAUGGCUAUGUGGAUGUCUUUUCUUUCCCACUUGGUGGCCGUGGCGAUAUGUGCUAGGAUCCUGAGCGCCACGGCGGACCACGUGACGGGGGGAAGAACCAGGCGGUGGCUGUUUGGUUAUGAGACGCGGUCCUUAGGAGAGCCAUGGCCUGAUGUACUGGGAGUAACGGUUGUCAUGGUAGUCUGUGCCAUGUUCAUGUGUGGCCUUGAGGAAAGUGUAAUGUUCACGUUUAUGCUGCUUAUACUUCUCUACACCUUUAGUCAAUUCUUCGCCAUCGUUGGACUAAUGAACUUUGAUAUUGCAAAUAUAAAUUUACCGAUCCCGAUAACAGUUUACGAACUGUUUGCAGCAGGAGCGCCAAUUUCAUAUUCCUUCAGCGUAAUUUUACCGCCAAAAGAAAAUGGAAGCGUUAGAAAAAGUUUAUUGCUGAAAGUGGGAAUGCCAGCCGUGGUUUUAUCCGGGCUAUGUUUCCUGUACGCCAAUAUGUUGAAAGGAACAACAAUCGACGCGUCCCUACCUGUGACAACACUACUAGAAGCGCGGUCAGCUAACUGGGUGUGUCCUGUCUUAGCAGCCGUGACGGUGGCCGGGGUCUGCCUGGCGCUGACCGAAUUGUGUCCACUGCUAUUUACAGUACUGGUGGCCUUGGCUUCUCCGGAGUGGAAGGUCUUGACGAGGUCGAUGACCUAUGAGAGCACCACGACUGGGAGUCCAGUGCUGGCUGUGUUUACUGCAGGGAGCCUAGCAGCAAUUCUGGCGUUCGCUUGUCCCCUCUCCCACAUGAUUACCCUGAUGAACGCCAGCCACCUCCUGGGCAUCGCUGUGCAGGCACUGCACUUCAUCGUGAUGAGAUGCGAGCCCACUGCCGAGCAAAAGGAGGCAGGCGAUGUUGAAUACAAAAGAUUAGGCAUCCAAGGACCAUCAAGAUCAAAAUCUGGAAUUAAAAGCAAACGAGGACUUUGGUUCAUUCCCUCUGCCAUUCGCCAUACAAAAACUUUGGAAAGCAUAAAAUCCAAAGUCGCAAUUACAACAAAAGAAACCGAAGAACGCGAAUGUUUACUCCUAGACGAGUACGCUGGUUGUCCCACUGAAGAGCUAGACCAGAUUACAAGCUGUAGCAGCGGCGCUAGAGAAGUGUCUACUGAGAUUGGCGAAGUUCCGUCUGACGGGGAAGCUAGUGACCAGGAAAUAUCUUCUGGUGACGACUCGACGGACAUCGAUGCUGUUGUCAAGGAGUACAGAGACAGGAUUCAGGUUGUGACAGCUCCUCCUGAAGCCAAAACGCCAGCCCCGCCGUGCGUCCGCGGAGCUCGCUGGGCGGCCGCGGGCGCCGCCGUGCAAGUGUUGGCCGAUGCUAUAUUAGCUGUGGCUUUCUGCAACGAAACCAUCAGAGCGUACAUGUUUGCUACUGGAAUACCAUUAUGGCUUUGUGGGACAUUCAUGUCAGCGUGGCAGCCGGCUCACAGUCUUAGUAUGAGAAAGACUCAGUCCGUGGAAGGACCAAUCGCAUUACUGAUGUCUUUGCUCUUCCUCACACCUUUAUUGUUAGAUUCGUGGCCUGCUAUCACCUUAUUUGCUGGAGCAGGAGUCGUGAUAUACGCGCGUUGCGAGCGUUGGUGCGGCGACUUGGCUGUUCAGCAAGCGCGCACCGCGCUGGAGCGGCGCAAACUGCGGACCGUCUCCGCGGUGCCCCUCGACCCGCGUCUCGAACACAUCGACACGCUUUAUAUCACCAGAUGACAAGACGAUGACUCGGAUACGAGUCUGGAUAACCUGAUUGACGUUGACGAAGAUCUGGAGCCUGACGACGAAUGACAGGAAUUGUAAAAUGUAUCUCAUCAUCAUCUCAUCUUCAUAAUCUCACUUACGCACAUUGCAAUGGCUGGGAUAAGUUUGAGUACACCAAAUGAAUUGCGUGGGCAGCGUGACGAGAAAAAAGUGUCGUGUGAGCAGCUUAUCAUUCAGUUUAUAAUGCAGUAUCAAAAUCAUUAUACCUUUUGUAGAAUUUUGGUUAAUCUACGCAAAAUUAAGGACACAAUGAUUUUAAAAGAGAAGAAACAUUUUUUAUGUUCUGUGACGGUAGUUAUUAUAUUGAUAUAAGUAAUAAGACAGAAAGCAGAUAUAUCAUCGUUAAGUGUGAAUUUGUGAUAAAUGCCUUAUAGUGCUAGUGUUAAAUUUGCUAGAUAGUGUCUGGCUUAAAUCUUGAUGUAUGUCUGUAAAUAUAAGAAACUAUUCUCAUUAAUCAUGUAAUAGCUUGAACCAAUAAAGAUUGAUGGAACGAACGACCAUUUUCACGUAUGGGUAGGUACUUUCACAAAUAUUUUGAGGUACAUAUCACGUCAACGGCAACGUCGUUACGACGUACGCCCGUGUAAUUUUAAUAAUCUCAUAAAUUUUCUUUCCCACGAAAGUUUCGGGAAAAUAGUGCACCACAGACCACAUAAAACCUUCCAUGCCAAAUUUCAAGACCCCGCGGUCUCGGUCGUCCACCAAUAUGUCAGUCAAACAGUGUCCUCUUAUUUAAAAUUUCGAAUACCGUUCGUUCCUUCAAACUGUGGGUCCUAACAUCCGUCCAUGAUUCAUAAAACAUAGCAUCGUCAUUUUUGUCGUUGGGCACUGCUUGGCACGAUGCAAGAUAAUUCUAAUUCGCAUUGUAUCUUAUGUCUUGUACAUACGAAUCAAAUUACAGCUGCUUAUAUAAAUGCCUUAUAGUAAAUUAGGCGAUUAGUCAAAAUGACACUUAUUUUUGUGAAAAUCAAUUCUUUAAUAUUUAAGUCAAUCGGCCUAAGUGAUUUAAAUUAAAUUCAAUUAAUAAACAUAAGGGUAUUGUCAUCUUCUAUUUGCAAUAAA